CCACUUCAUUUUUCUCAGGGGCUCUGCUUUGGACUCUUCCUCUUCCUUGUGUGUGGACUUUUCCGACCAUCGUCAGGAGAUCCUGUGAGCCGCAUUCGGCCUUACACUUCUAGGCCGAUUAAUGGCCACACAGAAGCCUGGGUACCAACUCGUCCUCCUGAGACGCUAAUUCCAAAGGAAAAAUGCUUUCGUAUCGUGGACAAGUUACCUCGCCACCAUCACGUUUUCCGAGGGAAGGUUCGGCGUCCACUGUGCUUACUUCUUAAUGAAACCCAGCUGUUACAGAUGCUCAAAGAUGUUGGUGGCUAUAACCCAAGGUAUGUGGCCAUUAACAGAGAAGCUGCAUGCAACUUCACCGACCUUUCUCAAGAUGUUGAGCCGUUACCAAGGAAUUCAUCAAAGCCUGCACGACAAAAACGCAUGGUUUCUAAACGUGGAACCACCCAAAUACGUGGAUGCCGGGGGCGUGGCUCUUUCGCUGAAGGAACUCACCUCAAGCGCCUGUGCACAGAAUGCGCAGCAACAACUCAGCUAUCCGCCAACAUUUUCCCGCCCUUCAUCAACGAGGUGAAAUGUGGAGACGAAGACCGCUACUGCUACCUUCGUCGGGGGCGUUGCAAGCAAAAGUUUCUCCAGUUUACCUUUCUUAAACGUACCGGAAUGUUUGAGCGAAAUGACGACCUAAGCAAAGAUCUUGAAGAGGAUGUAUAUAUGGAAAAAUUCGACACCUUUGGAAAACGCAUUAGGUCGUGCUGCGAAUGCCGCGCUUUCCCUUUUCCAAUUGGCUAA